AUGCCUUCCAGUAUUAUCACCUCGCUUCUCUGCCCUGCAGAUAAAGGCGUCACCAUCCAGGGUGAGGUAUUUGAAGCCGAAGCCACUGGGACACGAUAUAUGCUCCGAGGAUGCAAGUCAGGUCCAGACGGGUGCGACCACCACACAGCCUUUCUGAACAUCGGACCUUGGGCCAGCAAGACGUUGCCAAAUGGCGCUGCUGAGACGGGUGUGUACGACGUGCAUGGGACCAUCGAUGGUACCGUGUACUCCAGCGUCUGCGAAAUGAGCCGGUCCGUAAUCGAGUCCUGCGUAGUCUCCAAGCAGUCUGGGUUCGAUGACUCCACGGAAUACACUAUGAGCAGAACGAAAGGAGAGAUGGGAGCAGACUUUACCCUCUUGUACCAAGCUGUUACUCUCACCGGCGGUUUGUCGAAGCUGGCUACCUCUGCAGAGACCACCGCACCCACCAAGACUUCUUCUUCCUUUGACGCUCCUUCAACCACCGAAACUUCUCCUGUCACCGAUGCCAGCCCUGUCAGCGCAACAGACGAGCCUAAACCCCCGACGGACAGUGAUAUGAUGAGCAGCAAAUUCACUGCCACAGAAACGACAAACAGCACUACACCUGCCGCGAUAACCUCGGCCGGAUCUCUACCUCUGGUCCGCGCUUUUGCUGCUUUGAUUAUGGCCAGAAUAGCUACAGCGUUGGUGUAUUGA